AUGCAUUCACUACUAGCCUCGGCAGCGCUGUCCGCGCUCACAUACAGCGCCCUCGCAGCAGUCGCCGCCGACAACACGGUGCAACACUGCCCCAUCGACGGCGUCUGCUACCGGGUGGGCGUGCCCGCCGCCUCGGCCGCCUCGGACAGCGGCAACAUCUACCUGCAGCUGCAGGCGCCCACAUCCUACGCCUGGGUGGCGCUGGGCCAGGGCACGCAGAUGUCCGGCUCUAACAUAUUCGUGCUGUACACCGACGGCACCGGCAACGUGACGGUUUCGCCGCGCACAGGGACGGGCCACGUCCCGCCCGAGAGCAACGCCGAAACAAAACUCGAGCUGCUGGCCGGCAGCGGCGUGUCCGCCGACGGCGCCACCAUGCUGGCCAACGUGCGGUGUGCCAACUGCCGCACCUGGCCCGGCGGCUCCAUGUCGCUGUCCGACAGCCAGGCGUCGUGGAUCGGCGCGUGGAAGAGCGGCGCCUCGCUCGAUAGCAGCGAUGUCGAUGUCCAGAUCAGCCGCCACGACGCCCACGAUAGCUGGACGUUCGACCUGACGCAGGCCGCGGUUGCGAAUGAUGUGAAUCCCUUUGUUGCCGCCGCCACGGGGGGCAGCGGCAGCGGCAGCGGCAACAGUGGCGGGAGCAGCUCCGAUCCGGAUGCAGAUGUGGAUACGAGCGCCGGGCCUGGGUCGGGGGCAUCGCCGGCUGCAGCCGCGCCGUGGUACGUGCGGCAAAUCCCCACCAUCACGUCGGCGCAUGGGAUCCUCAUGGCGCUCGUCAUGGUGAUCCUGUACCCACUGGGCGCGGUGCUGAUGCCGCUGUUUGGCGUCUCGUGGGUUCUACAUGCUGCGUGGCAGAUGGUGGCCUUCUUGGCCAUGUGGGCGGGCUUCGCGCUCGGUGUCGUGCUUGCGCACCGUACUGGACUUGACUUCAACUCCUCCCACCAGAGAUUCGGCACCGCCAUCGUGGCACUCUUCGCCAUCCAGCCCAUCGGCGGCUACCUGCACCAUUUGUACUACAUGAAGCACCAGCGUCGGGGCCUGGUGUCGCACGCGCACAUAUGGUACGGACGCGUCCUGAUGUUGAUGGGCAUAAUCAACGGCGGCCUGGGGCUGCGGCUCGCGGACGAGAGCAACCGCCUCGUCAUCGCGUACUCGAUCGUCGCGGCCGUCGUCUCCGUGAUCUAUAUCGGGGGCGCGUUGUUUGGAGUCAUGAAGAGAAGACGGGCGGCGGGGGCGGCGGCUCGAGGGGAUGAAGCGCGGAAGGGUUCGUAA